UCGCCUUAAGUAAGACCCAUUUAAAAAGUAGUGAUUUAUCGACAGGAUUGGGCCUUAUAUAAAUAGCAUGUAUCAAACCUGAGACUUUCAUUGCAAUAUUUUAUUCAAAGAAUGUAAUUAACUGCUUCGGGAAUUGGAAUGUUUUGAUCAAAAUGGAGGCACUGCCAAAUAGAUCGAUAUUGUUCCAUAAUGUCACUUAUUAUUGCUGAUUCUUCUAUUUGUCGCCUACUAAAUAGAGCAUGGAAUGGAUGGAUCAUGUCCGCUUCUUCUUCCAUCCUUUGGGGAAAAGGGCAGCUCUGAAAGGGAAACUGUAUAUUCAUCUCAGAAAGUGGGUGUAUAUAGACCAACUUCGGAUACAGUUGACUUAGGAUACCAUAUAGACAAUAAUGCAUGCCCUACACCUUCAUCAACUGUUAUAUCCGUUCCCAUUAGACAUCAAACUUUGUUGCAACAAAAAUGCAUUUACGUUACCGAUCUUUGUCAGUUUGAAUGAUACUUUGUUAUUGAAGAUAUUUAGUGGCUAGGUACAAGAGAUCUCUGUGCUGUUGCUCAAACUUGCAGACUGCUUUGGGAAAUAGCAUGGCAUCCAUCCCUUUGGAAAGAAGUAGAAAUACGUUAUCCUCAAAAUGCAACAGCUGCAUUGAAUGCUUUAACUAGACGAGGAUCCACCCGCAUAUUCGUCCGUCUUAUACUCGAAGGUGCUGUUGGAUUAGCUGGGAUUUUUGCCCAGUUACCAUUUUUAAGUUUAACUUCUUUAGUUUUACGACAUUCCCGACGUGUUACUGAUGCAAAUGUGACUAGUAUUUUAGAUAACUGCAUACAUUUGAAGGAACUGGACUUAACUGGAUGUCUUGGUGUAACAAGAGCUUGUAGUCGAAUAACGACGUUACAGUUACAAUCACUAGAUCUCAGUGAUUGUCAUGGACUGGAAGAUUCUGGUUUAGUCUUAACGCUUUCCUCGUAUGCCACAUGUUAUUGUUUAUAUUUACGACGAUGUACACGUAUAACUGAUGCCAGUCUCGUUGCAAUUGCUUCUUACUGUGGCAAUUUACGUCAAUUGUCUGUUUCUGAUUGUAUAAAAAUCACGGAUUUCGGAGUACGUGAAUUAGCGGCACGUCUUGGUCCAUCGUUGCGUUAUUUUUCAGUCGGAAAAUGUGAUCGUGUAUCGGAUGCCGGUCUUUUAGUUGUCGCUAAGCACUGUUACAAAUUGAGAUAUUUAAAUGCUCGCGGCUGUGAAGCACUUAGCGACAGUGCUACUUUAGCUUUGGCACGUGGAUGCCCACGCUUAAGAGCUCUUGACAUAGGAAAAUGCGACAUUGGUGAUGCAACUUUGGAAGCCCUUUCCACUGGAUGUCCAAACUUGAAGAAAUUAUCCUUAUGUGGUUGUGAACGUGUCACAGAUGCUGGAUUAGAAGCAUUAGCAUAUUUAUGUACGAGGAUUGAGGCAACUAAUAUUGGUGAAUGUCCUAGGGUUACAUGGUCGGAUAUCGAGCCAGUAAAACGUUACUGCCGUAGAUGCAUCAUAGAACACACGAAUCCUGGUUUUCAAGCUAAAUCUUUUAAUUAUUUAGGCCUAUGUUAUUUACGAUGUAUGUUAUUAACAACACUUGUCUUAGUACAUAUCUAGAUA